AUGCCUAUCUAUGAGGGAGACUUCCUAGGUAUAUUUGCCGGCACUAUCCGUUUCUCGGAGGAUUUUAACGUUAUCUACGAGCGCCGUAACUUGCUAGCCUAG